AGGCGAGUGCGGUGUGACAUCCUUGAGCCUCUGUCACACUUGUCGUGGUUUAGUGAGGACGGGAUGUGUUUCAGCGGGACACGGGGAGCUCUGGCGUGGCUCUGAAACCCCUCUCUCCUUAGGCCGCUGCCGUGUCCGUGGGAUGAGCCAGCUGCCGUCCGGCGCCGUGCUGGCACUCAUGGGGCUGCUCUUCGCCAGGACCAUGGCCUGGACAUCCAGCGGGAAAACGCACGCGGAGCUGGUCAACAACCUCUACAAAAAAGGGAUCAUUAAGUCUCAGCGAGUCUUCGAUGUGCUGCUGGCUACGGACAGAGGUCACUACAUCAAGUAUUUCCCAUACAUGGAUUCUCCUCAAUCCAUUGGCUACAAGGCUACGAUCAGCGCCCCUCACAUGCAUGCCCACGCAUUGGAGCUGCUCAAGGAUCAGCUGGUGGAAGGUGCCAAGGCGCUGGAUGUGGGAUCUGGGAGUGGAUACCUCACUGCAUGCUUUGCCAGGAUGAUUGGCCCGACGGGAAAAGCUGUGGGUGUGGAGCACAUCAAGGAGCUGGUGCACGAAUCCAUCCGGAACGUCCAAGAGGAUGAUCCCACGCUGCUCAGCUCUGGCCGUGUGAAGCUUGUGGUUGGAGAUGGCAGGCAGGGAUAUCCCGAGGAGGCUCCUUACGAUGCCAUCCAUGUGGGAGCAGCUGCAGCCACCGUCCCCAAGGAGCUGCUGAAGGAGCUGAAGCCGGGCGGGCGGCUGAUCGUGCCCGUGGGGCCCGAGGGAGCGAACCAGGUGCUGAUGCAGUACGACAAGACCAGCGAGGGGAACAUCGUGGAGACCCAGCUCAUGGGCGUCAUCUACGUCCCUCUCACAGACAAGGAGAAGCAGUGGCCUCGGGAUGACCUCUGACACACGGAUGGAUAUCUCUAAAGGCACCUCAGAAAGCUCAUGAGAGGGACUUAGGCCUGUAGAUGGUCGGUAUGGUUUUGCUUUUUAAUGGAAAUUUCAUCAAUGGAUAAAGGGAAGUUCUGCUUCA